UUCAGGCACUUACAGAGGAGACCUAGCCUGCACCAUGAAUCCAUGGCUCUUUGCCUGCUUGGUCGCCUGCUUUGUUGGGGCCUGGGUGCCUGUUGUCCAUGUACAAGGUGCCUUUGAAGACUGCUGCCUGGGUUACCAACCCAGGAUCAAAUGGAAUAUUCUUCAGCGCGCUAGGCAUUAUCAGUGGCAGGAAGUGAGUGGAAGCUGCAACCUACGUGCUGUGAUAUUCUACUUCCACCACAAAGGCCCGGUGUGCAUGAACCCAAAGGACAAGGAUGUGAAGAUAGCGAUGCGGAUCUUGAGCACUAAGAAUAAGACAGUUGACAAUCCCCAGAAAAGCAAUACAGGCUCUCACACUGUAAGGAAGAAGUCAAACCAUGCGAAGUCCAAAAUGGGGAACCCCAGCAAUAACAGCGCGAGGAAUGCCACCCUAGGCCGUUCUAGGAUGGCGAUGAUGAAUAGAAAGAUCAACAACUAAGUUACUCAGAGUGAGCACCAGCUGGAGGAUGGGAGGAGUCCCCUGAGGUGCUAUCUCCUGAGCUCGACAUGGCCACUGAACUCAUGAACUCAAACAAGCUACAGUUACCAGUGCCUGACUAAGCAAUGUUUCAGCAUGGAUGAGUGAGGGGCUCACAGGACCACCCUUCACUGGGGAGCUACUGGCUGUUGAUUGCUGAGAGAAGGGAGUCUUUUUUCCACAGUAUAUACUCCAUGUCCAUGCAAGCAACCCUAUUUAAAUGCGAUGAUCCACACACAAAAGAAAAGAGGUAUGAAAGUAGGAAGAAGGCAUCUGAUGGGAGAGAGGGGACUAGAGGAGGAUGAGUAUGUGUGAAAAUGGUCAAAAUGUAGACAUAUGUGAAAUGGUCAAAGAAUUAAAAAAUAAAAACAU